GAAAGAAAAAAAUAAUUAAACUCAUACUAGGUUACAAACAAAGAAUACAUAUUGAAAUUAUUUAGUUGAUAUAUAUUAAUAAAAUGGAAUUUAGUAUGUACAUUCAUUGCAUCAUAUUUAUUUAUUUAACCAUGGAGUCGUUGGUAUUAUCGAGACCAAGCGCAACCGAUUACUAUACAUCAACAACCGUUAAUCCACAUGAGUUAUCAACUACAAAAAUGAAUGUCUCCAGACGAAGAAAAGUCAGGCUGCGCUCAAUGAAGAGCAAACAAUAUAUACAAGUAUUCGAUAAGCAAGUGGAUGCAAAGGGAGAUGAGACUUCUAUAUAUGCUAACCUCAGCUUAGAGUCAGUUGGAUUCUCAGGAAAAAUUCGUAUUCGGGGUAUUAAAGCAAACCGUUACAUAUGCUUCAGUAGAAAACACGCCAAGCUUAUCACAAAGCGUACUGGAAACAGCGCACAUUGCGUUUUCACCAAGCAUAGCGAUAAUAGGAAUGAAAUAGUGUUCCAAUACACGAAGAAAAAUAACAGACACUGGUACGUAGCCUUCAAAGGGAGCGGCAAACCAAGGAAGGGGAACCAAUUCAGUAAGCAUCACCAUCAAGCAGAUGCUAGAGGAGAAAUCCCCAGAAACGCUACCUUUAGAUUUAAAGAAAUAUUUUGGAAGAACGAAGAAUGAGCUGGUAAUAAAUAGAUAUAUAUUUAAACAAAACGAAAAACUAGAUAAUUAUAUAAAAAUAUGCAACUCCUUUUAGGAAGUUAUUUUAAAGCGAGGAAGGAUAGCCAGCUUCCGUGAAGGAGUUGACAUUCGCUAAUAUAUAUUAUCAGAUAAUAAGAGCUAUUUUGAAACGGUAAAGUGAUGUUAUAUAACAAGUCAUUUAUUAAAGAAAAACAUCUAUGUGAACGACAAAAAAAUUACAUAAAACAGAUAAUCAAAGCUUGAAAAAAAAUUAACUGUUUCAAAAUAUAGCUUAUACGUUCUUCCUUUUAAUUCUUUUUCUGCUGGCCAGGAAAAGGUUUUCUGUUAUUUCUACGCUUUCCCAUAAAUCAAAAAAAAAACACCACAUUGAAAAAAAACAAAAGGACGAACGAAGUUUUUACUUGUUUAUUCAAACUUAUAUGAAUUUACGCAAUGUUGACUGUCUGAAUAAGCAAGUAAAAAAAAAUAUUAAAUAUAUUAUUUGACCACUGGAAUUUAUUUAUUUUUUUAUAUCUAUGUAAAUGUAUAUAACUUAAAUUAUUUGUCUCCGCAUAUAUUUUGUUAAAACCAU